AUGCCAUUGGAUACUGAUAAUCCAAUGUAUGCCUAUCCGUACCACGCCUUAGGAAAAGUAUAUCAAAGUAUGAACGAUUAUACAACAGCAUUGAAUUUUUAUCAAAAAACACUUGACAUUCGUGAACGUACACUUCCUUCCCAACAUCCAGAUUUAGCUGCUACAUACAGUCACAUCGGUGAUAUUCAUCGUUUACUUGGUCACUACGAACAAGCUAUGUCAUUUCUUCGAAAAGCACUUGACAUUCAAGAAAAUGCGUCGUGUAAUAGAUUGGAAAUUGCUACGACAUACAUCAGUCUGGGCGAAAUUCUUCGAGAAAGCCAAGACUAUUCAUCUGCAUUGAUAUAUUAUAAGAAGGCACUGGAAAUUCGUGAAAAACUACUUCCAAAAAUGCAUUCUGACUUGGCUGUGAUACAUCAUAGUUUGGCUCAAAAUUAUCAUGCUAAUCAAGAGCAUUCUUCGGCAAUCGAGCAUGCAAAACUCGCUGUUGAAAUUGCCCAAAGCAAUUUGCCUGAACAACAUCCACAUUUAUUAUAUUACAAAGAGGCACUCGAGAAACUUCAAAAGAACUCGUAA